UGCCGGCUGCCUACGAAGCGCAGCACUGCUAACGCACUCGUGUGCUUGCAUUCCGUAUUUAAGUACAGUAACUUCCAAAAGCAGGCCAAUGUGGCAGUUUCUGUAAUUCGCCUUUUGCACAGUCAAACUUUGGGCUAGCGUAUGAAGUAUGAACAGCUUUACCAUGGCAAGCGAAGCGUCGACACCAUACCCAAAAAUCCAGUAUCAGCUAGAGCAAUUAAUUGCCCAUCAUUCAUUUAACGACAUAUACCUGGCCCACCGCACGCAUUACAAGAUUGCGGUGAAGAAAACCCUUCUGGAUUAUAACAGGGAAAAGGCCCAGGCACUGGCCGCUUUGGUGGACGCCGAGUUGCAACAUAUUCUAACUUUUGAUCAUCCGAACCUGGUGCGUCAUCUGGCGCAUUACAAUUCUCUGCAGGCCAAACCAGUGGAAGUGCCGGAAUACAUAAUCUUAAUGGAAUAUUGUUCCGGCGGUACUCUCCACGCGGCGUCUCAAUUCCAUAUUCCCGCGCCACUCAUCCAGAAAUGGACGCGCCAGAUUGUUGACGGCUUAGUUUAUCUGCACGCUCAGAAUAUCCUGCACGGCCACAUAAAGGGCAGCCACGUUCUGCUAAGCAGUCCGGACUGGAAUACCUGCCAAAUGAAGAUUGGCCAUCUGGACGCCGCAAAAUGUCUGCAGAGGGAGGUGGCUGCGGGGAAAGAGGCCGAUGACGGCGAAGGAACGUGUGCUUUCAUGGCGCCGGAUUGUAUCCUGGGAGGCGGCAACGCCCGCAAGAGCGACGUCUGGAGUCUCGGCUGUGUGGUGCUGGAAAUGAUCAGCGGAUCCCUGCGCUUUGUCAAGGAAGUAGACGGAAAGCAGAUAGAGCUGAAGAACGAUUUGGCCAUCAUGUAUUUCGUUUGCAAAGGCGGGUCGCCGGAGAUACCACGGGAACUGCCGAAUGAAUUGCGGGCAUUUGUCGCUUAUUGUCUGAAACGCGAUCCUGUAUUUCGGCCGCUGGCAGCCGAACUCUUGUAUACCAACUUUUUGACGCUGGCUAAUGUGCCGCAAUGGUAUGAUCCGCGGCCGCGGCGGAACUGAUGCGACCAGCUAUAACGUCAGCUUAAUUUCUGGUACUCGUAGAAUUAAUGUUACGAACAGUGAUAAAAAGGAUAACCAUAAGUCCAUAAUUAACAGCUGUUAAUUGCGACUUGUGUGCGCUUUCGAGGUUUCUAGUAUUUGUUCGGUGGCAUAAUGCAGUGUUACGAAAUAGCGCCUGUUGGGACCUUUGCGGCCUCUGUCCAGCAUGGUAACUGCAACAGAUGGCAAUAUGCCAGUGCGGUUAAAUUUAACCGGUUCGUUAUAAGUUUCUUUAUGGACAAAUAUACAUCAAAAUGUUUUUAUGAUUAUGAGAUCAUUUCAAUGGUAUGGCCUCCGUUUCUGACCUAAACUGAGAUUAGAACUAAAUUUUUAAUUGUUGGUAGCCGGUUUCUAAUUGAUAAAAAUGGCCUGGUGUUAAAAUGUUUAAAUAUUUUAAUGCGCCUAUAUGAAGAUCUUGUAAUGGAUGCUUUAUUAAUCUACCCUUACUUGAAAUGUAGCGUUUUAACUGUUAUUUAAUCUGAAAUGUUAAUUUUCCCAGUCGGACGUGGCUCAUACAAUCCGCUUUUUUCAUCAUAGCACCUCGUUCAUGAAAGAUAUGGCUAUGUCAACCAAAAAGCUCGUUUUCUACAUCAUAAAAGUGUCCUUUGAUAAAACCACGCAAUUGCACAACCUUUUUAAAAAUUCAGCGGAAGGCAGCCCAGCUCUGUUAGGACGCUUUUUUUCUACCAUAUCUCUGUUCAACACGCAAGUUUGUUAUCCCUGCGUAUAUCUGUAUUAGAUUAUUGGUAAAUUAAUGGGA